AUGGCGAGCGGCUGGUUGAGAAGGUUAUCCCAUGCUUUUCAAACAUUUGAACGAGCAGUUGAUGUUAUUCUUGGUCGCGGUUUUCCACCAGCUGGUUUAUGUGUGAUCGAGCGUAACCAUGUUGUGAAUCAAGUGCAGGCUCCUAAUUUACCUAGUCGAUCUUUAAAGGAUAUUUUGAAUGAUGCAUUUUUAUGGGCAGUACCUAAAAAGCGCCGUAGUUUAGAAAAACGAUUGAAUAGAAGAUAUGGUCUACCUGAAUAUAAUUGGAAACCACAUGUUCCGAAAACUAAUCUUUUGAUGUGUAGAAAAUGUGGUCAUGAUUACGAGGCUCAUACAUUGUGUGGAUAUUGUUAUGAAAUAGUAAAAAAGGAAACAGAACAAAUGCAAGAGGCCAUACAAACUGAAUUAGGAUUGAGUCCAGUAGAACAAGAAGUUUUAGUGUUAUAUGAAGGGGAAAAGGAACGACUGAAGGAUGAAUUUUGGAAGAAACAGAGAAUCAUUGAAUUACCUAAGAAGAGACCUGAAUGGUUUAAUCAGAAUUUACUUCAGCCAACUACAAAAGAAUCAUCUGACGAGACAAAUCUAAAACCUGUAGAUGCACCUUUAAGUGCAAUUAAAGAAUAAUUUACACCAACAAGCGGCGGUAAUGCCUUAUGCGCGCCUCGGAGUCCUGGGUGGGACUCGCACCCACUAAAACCCCCACAGCAGCCUUCUCGGGCGAAACUCGGCGGUGGCAGGAUCUCGUAUGAACGCACCGCCGCGCCUGUGCUCUUAGUCUUGUCACCCUUAUCGGGGAGCCCGUUCCGUGGGGGCGA